UGGUAAUAACUUCCUGUGGCAAAGGGCGAAUGGGAAGAAGCGCUUCCGGUGGCCUUGGCCCAUUAAUCAAGAAACUAGCCUCCUAGGCUUGACCUAGUCGGCUCCUCGGACCUGUCAGAGUCAGACAGCCGCGUAGUCCACUCCAGCCGCGUAGUCCACAAGGAGGACAAGGAUCUUGCAACUUCACACAGUGAUUCAUUCAGUUGAUAUUUGUUGAACCUGAAGAGACAUACAGGCAGUGAAUCUGGAGAAAACUGCCUGAACUUCCUACUUUUCACUACAGAGGCCUAUGUUCUACAAUUGCCUGAGACACAUUUCCUUUAAGAGUCAUCUGUAUUAACCCUGAGGCUCGUCUCUGCUUGCUCUACAAUGUUGAGACACUGGGGAGAGAUAGCAAUACCAUCGGGACAGACCAACAGAAGCUCCUUUGAUUUGCUCCCUCGGGAGCUCCGUCUGGUGGAAGUCCAUGACCCACCCCUGCACCAACCCUCUGCCAGCAAGCCCAAGCCCCCCACUAUGCUGGACGUCCCCUCAGAGCCAUGCAGCCUCACCAUCCAUACCAUUCAGUUGAUCCAGCACAACCGACGUCUUCGCAGCCUUAUUGCCACAGCUCAGACCCAGAGUCAGCAGCAGACAGAGGGGGUAAAGGCUGAAGAGAGUGAGCCCCUUCCCUCCUGCCCUGGAUCACCUCCUCUCCCUGAUGACCUCCAGCCUUUAGAUUGUAAAAAUCCCAACGCACCAUUCCAGAUCCGGCACAGUGACCCAGAGAGUGACUUUUACCGCGGCAAAGGAGAACCAGUGACUGAACUGAGCUGGCACUCCUGCCGGCAGCUCCUCUACCAAGCAGUGGCCACAAUCCUGGCCCACGCAGGCUUUGACUGUGCCAAUGAAAGUGUCUUGGAGACCCUAACUGACGUGGCUCAUGAGUACUGCCUGAAGUUCACUAAGUUGCUGCGCUUUGCUGUAGACCGGGAGGCCCUGCUGGGGCACACCCCUUUCCCUGACGUCAUGGAGCAGGUGUUCCACGAAGUGGGGAUUGGCAGUGUGCUCUCCCUCCAGAAGUUCUGGCAGCACCGUAUCAAGGACUACCACACUUACAUGCUACAGAUUAGUAAACAGCUCUCUGAAGAGUAUGAAAGGAUUGUCAACCCUGAGAAGGCCACAGAAGACACUAAGCCUGUGAAGGUCAAGGAGGAGCCCGUGAGUGACAUCACGUUUCCUGUUAGUGAGGAGCUGGAAGCUGACCUUGCUUCUGGAGACCAGUCCUUACCCAUUGGGGUCCUUGGGGCUCAGAGCGAGCGCUUCCCAUCCAACCUAGAGGUGGAGGCUUCGCCACAGGCUUCAGGUGCAGAGGUAAAUGCCUCUCCUCUGUGGAACCUGGCUCAUGUGAAAAUGGAGCCUCAGGAAAGCGAAGAGGGCAAUGUGUCUGCACACGGGGUGCUGGGCAGUGAUGUCUUUGAGGAACCAAUGUCAGGGAUGAGUGAAGCUGGAAUCCCACAGAGCCCUGAGGACUCAGACAGCAGCUAUGGGUCCCACUCCACUGACAGUCUCAUGGGGUCCUCCCCUGUUUUCAACCAGCGCUGCAAGAAGAGGAUGAGGAAGAUUUAAGUGCAGGAGGCCACUCAGUGCAGACCUGCACUAUCCAGCAGGAAGCCUUGGUGCUUACAUGUUUCCAUGGUAGUGAUCGGAC